UUCACAGGGAAAACUCCUAAGCUGCAUGCAGAGGUGGAAGCAAAUGUGCAGAGAGAUCUGUGUCUGACCGACAACCCAUCUGCAGUGCAGGAAUCUCCAUCGAGGAGCAGUUUGCAGCUAGCUGUUAGAAGUCCUGCUGCAAUGAAGCUGUUGAAGAGCACCAGACCUGAGGAGCAAGAUGGAGAAGAUAUUGAGAGGAGGAAGAGGAGGAGGAAGGCCAACAAACGGAAAAGGGAAGGGAAAAGUCACGAAGAAGAGAGGUCUCUGUCUUGUGAUAUCAAGCUAGACGAUACCCUCGAUCGCACCUUAGAAGAUGGUGCCAAACAGCAUAACCUGACAGUGGUCAAUGUGAGAAAUAUCCUGCAUGAAGUGAUCACCAACGAGCACGUGGUUGCCAUGAUGAAAGCAGCAAUCAGUGAAACAGAGGAUAUACCUUUGUUUGAACCCAAAAUGACUCGUUCCAAACUGAAGGAAGUUGUGGAGAAGGGAGUGGUGAUUCCAACGUGGAAUAUUUCUCCAAUUAAGAAGGCAAACGAGGUGAAGCCACCUCAGUUCGUGGACAUCCCUCUUGAGGAGGAUGAUUCGUCUGAUGAAGAAUACCAGCCUGAUGAUGAAGAUGAAGAUGAGACUGCAGAAGAGAGCUUACUGGAAAGUGAUGUGGAGAGCACUGCUUCCUCUCCUCGGGGAGCAAAGCGGUCCAGGACUCGGCGAUCUUCUGAUGAAGAGGGAGGAGCACUCUGUGAGGUGGAGAAGGUUCCUACGCCUGUUGUUAGACAUAUCAGUGCUGAAGUAGUUCCCAUGGGACCUCCACCUCCUCCUAAACCAAAGCAAAGCAAAGACAGCACGUUCAUGGAGAAGCUGCAUGCAGUGGAUGAAGAGCUGGCUUCCAGCCCAGUGUGCAUGGACUCCUACCAGCCUCUGGAAGACAGCCUCAUUGCCUUCAGAACCCGAUCCAAGAGACCCCUGAAGGAUGUUCCCCUGGGUCAGCUGGAGGCUGAGCUCCGAGCCCCAGAUAUCACACCUGAUAUGUAUGAUCCCAACACUGCAGAUGAUGAGGAGUGGAAAAGGUGGCUUGGAGGGCUCAUGAAUGAUGAUGUGGAGAAUGAAGAUGAAUUGGACGACGAUGAUGACCCCGAGUACAACUUCCUGGAAGAUCUGGAUGAGCCAGACACAGAGGACUUCAGAAAUGAUCGUGCUGUGAGAAUUACCAAAAAGGAAGUGAAUGAGCUGAUGGAGGAGCUGUUUGAGACAUUUCAGGAUGAGAUGGGUUUCUCAAACAUGGAAGAUGAAGGCCCAGAAGAUGAAGAUAACGUUACAGAGUCACGGCCAAAUUUUAAUACACCACAGGCACUGAGGUUUGAAGAGCCUUUGGCCAAUUUACUGAAUGAACAGCACCGCACUGUGAAGGAACAACUUGAGCAGUUGAGAAUGAAGAAGUCAUCUAUCAAACCACCACAAGAGACAGAGAAAUCAAAGCCUCAGAGUGAGAAGCCCCUCCAGAGCCUUGUUCUGGACUGUGCACAAAGGAAAAGGCUGCAGCAACAAAUGCAGCAGCACGUUCAGCUUCUGACUCAAAUCCAUCUUCUUGCAAGUUCCAACCCCGCUUUAAGUUCAGAAGCAAGUACCACGAAGAUGUUUUUGAGCGAGCUGGGGAACUUUGCUCAGAGCUCCACACUCCUUCGUCAGUCGUUCUAUCCGAAGUUUCAGACGAUGUUCCAGCCCUGUAACUUGAAGGGAGCCUUGCAGCUCGUUGAGGAUUUCCAUGCCCAAGUCCAGGUUGACUGCAGCCCUCGCAAAGCUGCGAAGAAGAGCGCCAAUGAUUUUCCAUGUUUGCCAAAGCAAGUGGCCUGGAUUUUGGCAACAAGGAGAGUCUUUAUGUAUCCAGAGCUACUGCCAGUUUGUUCCUUGAAAGCAAACCCUCCUCGGGACAAGAUUAUCUUCACCAAGGCAGAGGACAAUUUAUUAGCUUUGGGUCUGAAACAUUUUGAAGGGACAGAGUUUCCAAAGCCUUUGAUCAGCAAGUAUCUCUUGCCAACAAAAACUGCCCACCAGCUGACAGUGCGAAUCAAGAAUCUCAAUAUGAAUCGAGCCCCGGAUAACAUCAUCAGACACUAUAAAAAGACAAAGCAGUUGCCUGUUCUGUUCAAGUGCUGUGAUGAAAUCCAACCUAAUGAGUGGAAGCCACCUGUGGAAAGGGAAGAGCAUCGCCUGCCAUUUUGGCUGAAGGCAAGCUUGCCUUCCAUUCAGGGGGAAUUGAAGCAAUUAGCAGAAGAUGCCAGGGAGGUGCCAGGCUCAACCGGUGAGGAGUCAGACCUCUUGGGCACAGAAAAGGAAUCCUCAGACACAGAAUGUGGUGAAAAAUACCCUCUGCUCAUGCCGAAGGGACUGGUCCUGACCUUGAAGCCUCUUGCCAAUCGAUUCUCUAGGAGAGCAUGGAGAAGACAGAAGUCUUCAGCCCUGAAGCCUGUCCUCAUCCGACCGAGUCCUUGCCUGCAGCCCGGUUCCAACACCGUUAACAUUCAGAAAACUGUGAAGUUAUCCCAGUCAGAAGCUCCUCCUGGCAAAGUGAUGGUUCAGAUUCCUCAGUUAAUCCAACCAGCUACGGUUGUGCAGACAGUUCCAGGAGUGCAGCCUUUGAAUGUGCCAGCAGUGGUAGGAAGUGGGGAUGGCUUGGAAUUUCAGAAUGUGCUCUCUGCUUCGCAUCCGGACUCCAGGCAAGGUUUCUCGGGUGCUGUGCCACCAGCUCUGGUGUCCUCAAAUCCUGUCACUUUUCAGCCCAAACUGAUGUUGCCAGAUUUGGCUGGAACAAAAAUACGCAAACCUUGUGUUCGUAAGGGAUACCAAAAGAAGAAAGGGACAAAAGCUGCCCCACUGAUAAAGGCUCCACCUUUGAUUCAGCCAUCUCCUGUCAUCCUUACUGUGCCUGCUACCACUGUGAAAGUGGUUAACAUUGGCAAUGGUUGCAAUAUGAUUCAGUCCAUAAAUACAGCUGUUGGUAGAGGCACUCAAGCUAUUCCAGUUACAACCUUACUGGUAAAUCCUUCCACUUUCCCAUGUCCAUUAAAUCAACCUCUGGUGACGUCUUCAAUUCCUUCGUUGAUUGUCUCUCCUAACCCUGUUGGUCUUUCUGCAUCAUCUGUUGGUGAAAGUGAAGAGCAGCUGAAUCUGAUUCCUUCGUGCACUGCUGGAAACAACAAGAAUUCCUGUCCUGUGGUGGAGCCCAAGGCUGAACCCCAGGAGCUGUGUGUUCCGUGCUCAGCUGCCUCCCCCAAGAAGGACUGCAGUGCAAACCCCACUGCUUCAAAUAAUGGCAGUCAGGAAAAGGUAAACAAAAGUGACUGCUGUAGCUGGACUGUGGUAAAAGCAGAAGAGAACGGUUCAGAGCCGUUGUCUGUGGACCUUUUGCCUCGUUUAGAAGAUGCAGAUAAAACAGUGAAAACUGAAGCUGAAGAUUCAAAUGAUGCUGUCAAGGAAGUAAAUCCAGUACAGAAGAGGAAUCUGCUGUGUGCUGAGGUUAAGGAGGAGUUCAUGCUGGGGCUUGGCCAGGAGCUGAACAUGGAGGCUGCGUGCUCGUGUGUUAAUGAGCUGAAAGAAAUUAAAAAGGAGCACGCUUUGUGUGAGGAGAAGGGAGAAGAAGAAAGGAGGGCUUUGCAGUCUUCUCCCCGUGAUGAAGCACAGAGGGAAGCGGGUGCCGUUGGUGGAGCACAAGCAAGCAGUGAGUCUCCAAAGAAUCAUUCAUCCACAGCAGAUAUUGAAACAGAAUUUAGCAGCCCUCUGGGAAGACCAGAGGAUUCAUCCAGCAUGGAUGGGCAGUCUGUUGGGACACCCGCUGGCCCUGAAGCUGGAGGAGAAAGGGAAGGGCAGGAGGAGGAAGAGGACGAUGACUUUGAUGAUUUUACACAAGAUGAAGACGAGGAGAUGUCGUCAGCCUCGGAAGAAUCCAUCCUUUCAGUGCCUGAACUUCAGGAGACAAUGGAAAAGCUGACCUGGCUUGCAACAGAGAGACGUUUAAGCCAAGAAGGAGAUUCUGAAGAAGAGAAUUCUCAGGAAGAGAACUCUGAGCCGGAGGAAGAGGAGGAGGAGGAAGGGGAGGGAAUAGAGAGCUCACAGAAAGAUGAUGAAGUGUGUGGAGAUGUGUCAGAGGAACCUAAGUCAGCCUUCACGCUGACCAGCAUGGCCCCGCAGGUGGAAGCCCACAGAAUGCCACCAGGAGAGAACAUGAAAGCCCCUGGGAAAAGCAGGAGCUCUCAUAGAGCCAGAAAUAAGAGGGGCCGGGCACGAGCAAGCAAAGACACAUCAAAGCUGCUCCUCUUGUAUGAUGAAAACAUCCUGGAGAGGGACCCCCUGAGGGAGCAGAAGGAUCUGGCGUUUGCACAGGCGUAUCUGACCAGGGUGCGUGAAGCACUGCAGCACAUUCCUGGAAAGUAUGAAGACUUCCUUCGUGUUAUCUACGAGUUUGAGAUCAGCAUGGACAAGCAAACAGCUGUGGAUCUAUAUUUCACUUUACAGAAACUGUUGCAUGACUGGCCACAGUUGCUCACAGACUUUGCUGCCUUUCUUUUGCCAGAACAAGCUUUGGAGUGCGGGCUGUUUGAGGAGCAGCAAGCGUUUGAGAAGAGCCGGAAGUUCCUCAGGCAGCUGGAGAUCUGCUUUGCUGAAAAUCCUGCCCACCAUCAAAAGAUCAUCAAAGUUCUGCAGAGUUCUGUGGACUGCCUCCCCCAGGAGAUUGCAGAGCUGAAGACCCAAAUGUGGCAACUGCUGAAAGGACACGACCACUUGCAGGAUGAGUUCUCUGUGUUCUUUGACCACUUACGGCCCUCAGCCAGCCGCAUGGGGGAUUUUGAGGAAAUCAACUGGACAGAAGAGAAGGAAUAUGAGUUUGAUGGCUUUGAAGAGGUGUCUUUGCCAGAUGUAGAAGAAGAGGAUGAACCACCCAAGAUUCAUUCAGCCCCCAAAAAUAAGAAACGUAAAGAAAUCGGAGGCCAGAACAACGACAAGGAGGCUGAGUGGGGAGAUGGGAUGAAGGAAUGCUCGUGUUCCUGCCAUGAAGGGAGUGGUGAACUCAAGCUGAAGAAGAGCAAAAGGAGGAGCUGCAGCCAUUGUAGCAGUAAGGUGUGUGAAAACAAAUUUUAUAAAAAUAAAGAUUCUCAAGAGCUGAGUGCCAGCAUUGCUCAGCAAGAAUCCAGUCCUCAGCCUGAAGGGAAGGAUUCUGGAACAUCGAAGGAACCUGCAGAAGAAAACUUGGAGAACAGAGAUGAGGGGGAGGAUGUUCAGAGCAGAACAAAAACUGCAUUGAGGAAAGGGGAUCCUCUGCCUGCAGGAUCUCACCCAGAAGGAAGAGCAGCCUGCAGCAGACACACAUCUCCAGACAAAGCUGCAUUGCCUGAACGCCGGCUCCAGGAAGGAGCUGUGAGUGCUGCCAAGGACAGUCACUCUUUCAUUGCUGCACCCGGAUGGACACGCAUGCAGAAAGCUGCCCCAAAACUACCUCAAGAAACCAAAGGCAGCCCUCGCAGUGCAGGGAGCGGCAGUGAAGGACUGAAGCAGCAGCAGCAGCAAGGAGGUGUGGAUGCUUCCCUUGAGCUGAGCAGAGAUCUGCUCUUGUCGUCUUGUUCUGCCACGCUGAAAGGCUCCGUGCGACCCGGCUCCUCCAAAAACAGUUUGUGUCAGACUGAAGGGCUUCCCUCAGAUUCAUCAGAUAAGUUCGGUCAUUCUUCAAAAUUAAAUGCAAGAGAAUUUGAGGGACCACCUUUGGCUCUGGAAGGAAAAUCUGAAGCAAAGCAGAGUUGGAUAACACCAGCUAGAAAACCAGCACUGGGUAAGAGCUGCUGCUCGCCGUCCCCCAGUAAUUGUGCUUUGGAAGCAGAUAAAAUGGGCUGCACUGGAAGUGUUCCUGAGAACAGAUUAAAGUCAAAUGCAAACAACUGCUUCCAGGUGCACCAGCAUUCUGAGGAGCUGGAAUACAGAGUGUGCACUGCCUCCCUGGGGCAGAAGGAAGAGGAGCAGCAACAGCAGCGAGUCACGGAAGCAACGGUGUGUGCCAAGAACAGCAAAGUCAGCUCUACUGGGGAGAAGGUUGUUCUCUGGACGAGGGAGGCAGACAGAGUCAUCCUCACCACCUGCCAGGAGAAAGGAGCCCACCUGGAAACCUUCCAGGCCAUCUCACAGAAAUUGGGCAACAAGACAGCUGCUGAGGUGUCCCACAGGUUCAGGGAACUGAUGAAGCUGUUCCACACCUCCUGUGAUGGGAGCUCAGAAGAUGAGGAGGAUGCAACGAGCACCAGCAAUGCAGACCAGCUGUCAGACAAAGACCUCCUGCUUUCUGAGGAGGAACCCGACGACUGAGGCUUUCCUGACUGCAGCAGGAGAGCUGUUUGCUGCAGAUAACAGAGGAAAAAUGCUUCUGCACGUACUUGGUGGCACCUUUCUUUUGGUUCACUUGGGUUUCUGCCAAGCAGCACUUUUCCAUCUGCAUUGAAUUAAGGGAACAAAGAGGAAUAUCCUCCUUUAGGAACAGUGUGAGGCACUUCAGAAGCAGGGUGACAGAAGCGAUGGUUCUGGCUGCGGUAAAGAUUUGGGCCGUUCUACCUUUGCAUGUAAAUACUGUAUCAUAAGAUGUCUGUUUUCAUGUGGAACACAAGACUUUUUGUAAAUUUUCUUCCCUUGUGUUGAUUGUAUAUGGGAAAGUUAACAGAAUUCAGAUGGUAUUUAUUAUGUGGUCUUACUCUAAAGCACACGAGUUGGGUGCAAAGUCAAGGAAAGCAGCUUUCCUCCUUGAGAACACAAGUGCAAGUAGACUGCACAACUCGAGCCAGCCUUUUAAUAGUCUAAAAUAAAAAAGAAAGUCACAGUUGG